CUCCUCCUCGCUAUGAUAUCCAUGUACAGCGAGAGCAUCGUCUCCUAUUCCCUUGCGCCCCAGCUUGCGUCCAGCUCCUACCACUACCUCAAAGCCUUCGCAGGCUUCAGCAGCAACAAGCUUGACAGCACGCGGAGGUUCCUAGCCUCUCUACCCUGCGGCGACAACAUCUUGAAGAGCAGCACCACAAACUCAACCAGCACAACUCCAUGGCGCCGCACAUCGCAGACUGUGGCAGCAGCAGCAGGAGGAGCUCUGGGUGGUGCGAUGCUCGCCCCAGCCGCUGCCGUGGCUGGAGUACAAGCCAUCGGUUUCACCAGCACGGGCAUCGCCGCAGGCAGCACGGCAGCGUCGAUGAUGUCAGCCUCAGCCGUCGCGUCUGGAGGAGGCGUCGCGUCCAUGGCAUCAGGAGGAGUAGUAGCGGCGCUUCAGAGCAUCGGCGCUACCGGCAUGCUGGGACUGUCUGCUACAGCUGCGGUAGCGUCUGCUAGUGCGAUAGCCUGUAGCUCGGCGGCGUACGGGAGCUACAGGACAGGCAGGUACGCGUACACCUGGUACUCUGAGCGGAGGGCGAGGCUGAAGAAUCAGCAGCCGGACAAGGACCCGAUCUCACAGUGAGAAGCUCCGGCUGGAGCAGCGAGCGAGUUGAAUGUGUGUAGCUUGGUAUGAGUAAAGAAGAGAUACUAGUC